AUGGAUACAGCACCUGUGCAAGGAACUGUGUUCAGUGCAGAGCUCCAAACUGUCUUCCUAGCUGUCUUCCCUCCUACAGCCCAUCGUAGCGAGGCCCAUCAGAGUGAGGCCAAUCGUAGCGAGGCCCAUCCUAGCGAGGCCCAUCGUAGCGAGUCCCAUCCUAGCGAGGCCCAUCAGAUUGAGGCCCAUCCUAGCGAGGCCCAUCAGAGUGAGGCUCAUCCUAGAGAGGCCCAUCAGAGUGAGGCCCAUGCUAGCGAGACCCAUCAGAGUGAGGCCCAUCCUAGCGAGACCCAUCAGAGUGAGAACCAUCCUAGCGAGACCCAUCCUAGCGAGGCCCAUCCUAGCGAGGCCCAUUCUAGCGAGUCCCAUCCUAGCGAGGCCCAUCCUAGCGAGGCCCAUCCUAGUGAGACCCAUCCUAGCGAGGCCCAUCCUAGCGAGGCCCAUCCUAGCGAGGCCCAUCAGAGUGAAACCCAUCCUAGCGAUGCUCAUCAGAGUGAGGCCCAUCCUAGCGAGACCCAUCAGAGUGAGGCCCAUCCUAGCGAGUCCCAUCCUAGCGAGGCCCAUCCUAGCGAGUGCCAUCCUAGCGAGGCCCAUCCUAGCGAAGCCCAUCCUAGUGAGGCCCAUCCUAGCGAGGCCCAUCAGAGUGAAACCCAUCCUAACGAGGCCCAUCAUAGCGAGGCCCAUCAGAGUGAGGCCCAUCCUAGCGAGACCCAUCAGAGUGAGGCCUAUCGUAGCGAGGCCCAUCCUAGCGAGACCCAUAAAUCAGAGUAA